AUGCAGUCCAAAAACACCUCUCCACGAGGCGGACGCACCAAGAAGAUGGGCCUCCCAGUAAUCGAGAAUUUUAAGAACUUCCUGCGACAUGGAAAGCAGGCCCGCCAGAACGCGGAGCCCACGACCAAUGUCUCCAAUGUGCACGCUCAGUCUCAACAUCAACGGUACAAUCAGCACCCGGACCCGGUACACCAUGGCAUCUCAGAGCCCGUAAUGGACCACAAGCCGCUUCAGAACCAUGCUGCUCCCCAUGGUGACUUCUCCGUCGGCGCUGGCGCUGGAGAUAACCGCAAUAUUGCCGCCCAAGCAGGUGAUGCCGCUGCGCACGCAGCUGCCAAGGACCAGAAGAAGCAGGCCGCUGCCAAGAACGCGGGCGUUGACCCAUCAGUACUCGAGCGCAUCGUCGCCGAGGAGCGCGAGGCCAAGGGCAAGUUGCCUAGAUAUCCCGGACUUGAGCGAUGGACGCUGCUCGAAAAGAUGGGCGACGGCGCCUUUAGCAACGUAUAUCGCGCACGAGACACGACUGGUCAAUGGGAUGAAGUAGCCAUCAAGGUCGUCCGUAAGUUCGAAAUGAACUCACAGCAGAGAGCGAACAUCCUCAAGGAAGUACAGAUUAUGCGCCAACUAGACCAUCCCAACAUCGUCAAACUUAUCGACUUUUCCGAAUCGCGGCAGUACUACUACAUCGUGCUCGAGCUGUGCCCAGGAGGCGAACUGUUCCAUCAAAUCGUCCGUCUAACGUACUUCUCCGAGGACCUUUCCCGUCACACCAUCAUCCAGGUGGCCAAGGCUCUGCAGUACCUGCACGAGGAAGCAGGUGUUGUCCAUCGAGAUAUUAAGCCUGAGAACCUCUUGUUCUAUCCCACACCAUUCAUCCCCACACGCAACCCAAAGCCAAGGGGACCAGACGAUGAAGACAAGGCUGACGAGGGAGAGUUCGUCAAGGGCAAGGGCGCUGGUGGUAUCGGCCUAAUCAAGAUUGCCGACUUCGGCCUUAGCAAGGUUAUCUGGGACACGCAAACCAUGACACCUUGCGGUACUGUCGGCUAUACUGCACCUGAGAUUGUCAAGGAUGAGCGUUACUCCAAGAGUGUCGACAUGUGGGCGUUGGGUUGUGUGCUUUACACACUUCUCUGUGGUUUCCCGCCGUUCUACGACGAGUCCAUCCAAACCCUCACUGAGAAGGUCGCUCGUGGCCAGUACACCUUCCUCUCACCCUGGUGGGACGAUAUCUCUAAGUCCGCGCAAGACUUGGUCUCCCAUCUGCUGACAGUCGACCCGGAAAAGCGAUAUGACAUCAACCAGUUCCUCAACCACCCAUGGAUACGUGAAGCCGACGAGCCAACCUACUCUGCCUACGACGCACCACCCCUCGCUACACCUGCCGCCAAAAAGGAGCGUCUGCAACCAGACUUCUCGCACUUGGAGUCACCGGGUGCUCGUCGCAUGGACUUCCGCUCUCCUGGUGCCGUCAACCUCCGAGAAGUAUUCGAUGUCAGUUAUGCUGUACAUCGACAGGAAGAGGAGGGCAAGAGGAAGAAGCAGUUCAAGCAGGGUUACCGUGGCGCCAACGCCAUGAACUCGUUGAACGCCCUCGAUGAGGGUGAAGACGAUGACGAGUAUACUGCUGAAUCUGUCCCAUACGACCCAUCAUCGCAACAUCCACCAGCGAAGCUUCCCAAGUCUCAAGGUGCUGAUGUCACUGGUAUGGAGCAGAAGAUGCGCACCACCACACUAUCCGCCGCAGCUCAGGCCCGUCAGCAACAAUCGGCACCACGACAGCAAGAGCGAGGAUAUGGCCAACAUUCUCCAGCUGUUGCAGCCGCAGCGAAGCGCCAAGUCAGGAACAAGGGCGCAUUUGAGCUCAACAUGGAUAGCUCGACAUUACUCGGUCGUCGAAACAAGAAGGGUCCCGAGCCAAGCGGCUUAAGAAACACAACUACGGUUGGCGGUACAUGA